CAGUGUGUCAGCUUCAGUGACGAUAUGGCACCCUCCAGGAAGUUCUUCGUUGGGGGAAACUGGAAGAUGAAUGGGCGGAAGGCGAACCUGGGGGAGCUCAUCAUCUGCCUGAACUCUGCCAAGGUGCCGGCCGACACGGAGGUGGUCUGUGCACCCCCCACCGCCUACAUUGACUUCGCCAGGCAGAAGCUAGAUCCCAAGAUUGCCGUGGCUGCCCAGAACUGCUACAAAGUGAUGGAUGGGGCUUUCACUGGGGAGAUCAGCCCCGGCAUGAUCAAAGACUGUGGAGCCACCUGGGUAGUCCUGGGGCACUCGGAGAGAAGACACGUCUUUGGGGAGUCAGAUGAGCUGAUUGGGCAGAAAGUGGCCCAUGCCCUGGCCGAGGGACUUGGAGUCAUCGCCUGCAUUGGGGAGAAGCUAGAUGAGAGGGAAGCUGGCAUCACAGAGAAGAUUUAUAAUUAG